AUGGUGUAUUUCUCUAAUAAUCAAUACCAAUCAAUCACUUUAAUAUUAUUAAUAUUUAUUAGUGUAAAUAUUAAUCUACUUGUAAAUUCUGAGAGAGCACGAUUGUCACCUGUGUGCUGCGAUACCACGUGCCCUGUCGACCAGGUUUGUCUAUCAUGUACAGGACAACCAAAGUGUAUACCAAUAUGUAGGUUCUUGAAAUGUCCUAUAAACACUAAGUGUACAAUUGCAUUGGGAUUUGAUGGAUUGUAUCAGCCACGUUGUACAAUGAUCACUGCUACCUCAGGAGUGCAUACAACUUCGUCUCCUAUUCAAACUACUACCACAACAACAACUACUACAACAUCGUCUUCUUCAGAGGAAAUACCUCCUACUGAACCUCCAACCGAGCCUCCCACAGAGCCACCAACUGAGCCUCCCACAGAGCCACCAACUCAACCACCAACUGAGCCUCCAACUGAGCCUCCAACUGAACCUCCAACAGAGCCACCAACUGAGCCUCCCACAGAGCCUCCAACAGAACCACCAACAGAGCCUCCAACUGAACCUCCAACUGAGCCACCUACAUCUCCUCCGACUCAGCCACCUACUCCACCUCCAACUCAGACACCUACUCUAAUUCCAAUACCACCUACAAAACCCCCAACCGAACCCCCUACUCCACCCCCGACUCAGCCACCAACUCAGCCACCAACUCAGCCACCAACUCAGCCACCAACAACACCUCCGACUGAACCUCCAACUCAACCACCUACUACUCCUCCAACUGAAACUCCAACUCAACCACCAACUCAACCACCAACUCAACCACCUACUACACCUCCUACUGAGCCUCCAACUCAGCCACCAACUCAGCCACCUACAACACCUCCAACUGAGCCACCAACUCAACCACCAACUCAACCACCUACUACACCUCCUACUGAGCCUCCAACUCAACCACCAACUCAGCCGCCUACAACACCUCCGACUGAACCACCAACCCAGCCACCAACUCAACCACCUACUACACCACCAACAGAUCCUCCAACCCCAUCUCCAAUAAGGCCUACACCACCUGUAGUG